GAGAAAAGCAAAGCCGUCUACUUUGGUUUCUCACUCUCUCUCACUUUCACUUCACCCCUACAAGACAUGCCUAAAUCAAAGCGAGACCGACCAGUUACUUUGUCCAAGACAAAGAAGAAAGGAAGGGCACACAAGGAGACUAUUGUAAAUGGAAUCAGAGAGGCUGUCGAGAAAUAUAAUUCCAUCUAUGUUUUCUCUUUCGAAAACAUGAGGAAUAUCAAAUUCAAGGAGUUUAGACAGCAGUUUAGACACAAUGGAAAGUUCUUUCUCGGUUCGAACAAAGUGAUGCAGGUUGCUCUUGGUCGUUCGGCUUCUGAUGAAAUCCGUCCUGGCAUCUUUAAAGUCUCCAAGCUUCUCCAUGGUGAUGCUGGACUUCUUGUUACAGAUAUGCCAAAGGAAGACGUUGAAAGCCUAUUUAACGCCUAUGAGGAUUCAGACUUUUCAAGGACUGGAAGCACUGCUGUAGAAACGGUUGAGCUGAAGGAAGGUCCUCUAGAACAGUUCACACAUGAGAUGGAACCGUUUCUAAGGAAGCAGGGUAUGCCUGUUCGGCUUAACAAAGGUACGGUAGAGUUACUCUCUGACUUUGUAGUUUGUGAAGAAGGCAAACCUCUUUCACCAGAAUCUUCUCGCAUUUUGCGUCUGUUGGGAAUCAAGUUGGCUACUUUCAAACUCAACUUAGUUUGCAGGUGGAGCCCUAAUGACUUUGAGCUUUACCGAGAAGGUUUGGAUCUCUCUGACGUCGAAACCUCUUAA